AUGUUCAAGUGUCUGGGCAUCAAUUGCAACUUCAUCGAUGUAAAGUGGAGGGAUGGAGAACAUUAUAAGCCAGAGUUUGUCCGUAUCAAUCCAAACUCAAAGUUACCGGCAAUCGUUGACCAUGAUGUCCAAGGUGAACCUAUCUCUGUUUUUGAAAGCGGUAACAUCCUACUCUACCUAGCUGAUAAGUAUGGCAUGUUCAUCCCACCCAGUAGCAAUAUCCGUGAACGUACUGAGGUCCUCAACUGGGUCUUCUGGCAGAUGGCCAACUUGGGACCGGUCAUCGGUAGCUGGUACCACUUCACCCAGUACGCCCCCGAGAAGAUCGCAUAUCCAAUCGAUCGCUGUACCAAGGAGCUUUGUCGUCUGUUCCAUGUUCUCAACAGGACUUUGGAGAAUCGUCGUUACAUCGCGGGUGACGACUUCACAAUUGCCGACAUGGCCAUAUUCCCUUGGGCAAAGAUCUACUCCUGGGUUGGAGGUUUCACCAAAGAGGAGUUUCCACAUCUCGAUGCCUACAUUGUCCGUAUCCGCGAGAUCAAAGCUGUCCAAGAACUCGAGGCCUUUGAGAUUGAGUAUCGUAGCAAGAACCCCCGGACUGAUCCCACUCCCGAGCAAAGGAAGUUUAUGUUUGGAGUUGACGGAAGGCAACAACUAGUCUAA